AUGACUGAAUUAUUGCAAAAUCUCCUAGCUAAUUACAGUUAUGGUUCACUGGGUGAUAUGUUGUACUUCCAUUCCUUUAAAAAGGAGCCUGGUCUAGUCAUUGACAUCGUGCAAGAUAUUAGGGCCAUGAAUGGUGAGGCGGUCCAUGCUGGUCUCAGGAAGACUGGAAUGGUAAUUCUUGGAGGGGGGCUGCCCAAGCAUCAUAUAUGCAAUGCAAAUAUGAUGCGCAAUGGUGCAGAUUAUGCUGUAUUUAUCAACACAGCACAAGAGUUCGAUGGAAGUGAUUCUGGUGCCCGUCCCGAUGAAGCUGUGUCCUGGGGCAAAAUUCGAGGUUCUGCUAAGACGGUUAAGGUGCACUGUGAUGCAACUAUUGCUUUCCCUCUCCUGGUGGCAGAAACAUUUGCUGCCAAGGCAAAAAGAUCAGUCGAUGCCACUUCUCGAGUUAAAUUUGGGCCCCUGUAG